AUGGCUGAUAAAGUAAAGACAGCUUUGGCUCAGGCCGCAGGGAAGGCCACACAGCAUGCAAAGGAUAAUCCCAAGGCUGCCGCCGCAGUAGGCGCUGGACUUCUUGUGUGCGCGGUUCCAGCUUUAGUGGCUGCUCCAGCUCUCGGCCUCGCAGGUUUCGGUGCGAAUGGCAUCGUUGGAGGUUCUCUUGCCGCUGGUGCUCAGAGCGGCAUCGGAAGUGUCGUUGCCCCCAGUCUAUUCGCAACCCUUCAGAGUGCCGGCGCUGGCGGUUACGGUGUGUCUGCCGUAUAUGGAGCCGUCCAAGGUGCAGCUGCUCUGGGCGCUGGCGGUAGCUUUGCUGCCUCCUUUAGAGGAAAGAAAGCGGAUAAAGAGAAGAAAGGAGACAAAGACGGUGAAGAGAGCGAGACUGAUGAGGGAGAUGAAAAGCAGUCCAAAGAGAAGGAGAGUGGAGAGGUUGGCGAUGAAGGCAAGGACGACAACAAACCGCACUUGUGA